AUGGCGGGUCAAGACUCCCACCGAAAUCCUGCGCAGGCGGAGUCGCCUUCCUCAGAUGCGAAGAAGGGUCCUCCUCCCGAGCAGCUGAAAGAGCUGGUGGACCUCCCGCAGCUGCAGCGCGCCCUGCGGGCCUUGGGCUCCGGCUCGCAGGCGCAGAGCUUGGAUUCUUUGGACGAGGACGAGGACGAGGCGCCGGAGGCGCGGCUCUUUCGGGAGGCCUUCUUGGAGGUGGCCGGAGCCGCGGAGUCCUUCCAGGUCUUCCGCAGCGUGGUGCGGCUCACCCCCACCGCGGUUCUCAUGCAGGCGGAGCACCGGGCCGUGGUCCUGGAGCGGCUGCGGGACUUCGCAGGCACCGCCGCGGCGCCGGAGAGCCGCAGAAGCGCGCAGGCGCUGGGGGCCUCCUUGGCGCUGCGGGAGCCCGGCUGUGCCUUCGAGGUCUUCGAGCUGCUGGCGGCUGCCCUAGCCGCUGUCCCCGCCUCUCUGGGCGCUGGCGCCGCGGACGCGCCGCUGAGCGCGGCGGGGCUGGGGCAGUGGCGCCGCGUGGCGCUGGCGGACAGCGCGGCGGCGUGGAACGCGGCGCUCUCCGGAGAGUCGAAGGCGCUGGGAUGGCUGGGCGCGACCUUUGCGGACCAGGAGCUGUACAAGAGGUACCACCUGGCCAUGGAGACCGCGGAGAAGGUGCUCACCGGCUCGGACCAGGAGGAUUGGGUGCUGGACAAGGCGCGGUAUCUGCGGGUGGAGUCGGAGCUGCGAGCCACGCGGUGCCGCUGCGCCUCCGCGAGCCUGGCGCUGCUGGCGCUGCGGCGGACGCAGACGCGGCAGCGGGCGCGGUGGGGGCAGCAAGGCGGCGGGCUGUGGCGGGCCUUUUGCUCCACGUUGAGCACGGCGCAGCACACCAUGGAGCCCCCCUUUGUAAAGCCGCCGCCCCCGGCCGUGCUGCUCUACGCGGAGGAGGCCGGGGAGCUCAGCAGGUCUCUGGACUCUGGACGGGGAAAUAUGGAGAUCCUGUUAUUGGAUGCCCAGCUGCCUCAGGACUAA